GUUACGGUGGUUCCCCCGCUCUACGGUAGCCGGGGAGAGACACGGUCGAUGUCCGCCAUCGGCAGCGCUGAUGUAGCUGGGGCCGCGCGGAAGCCGGGUGCGGGAGUCCCGGCGCAGAGGCGGAGGAAAGUCCACGGCAAGGGUGAUCUUCAUAGGAACUACUAAAGACUUCAAAGAACUCAUUUUAGGCAAAAUAAGUGAAAUAAGUUGUUCUGAUAAAAAUGGAUCCUUGUUCAGUUGGAGUUCAGCUUCAAGCUACCAAUGAAUGCCAUAAGACCUAUUAUACCCGUCACACUGGCUUCAAGACUAAGGAAGAUAUAUCUUCAUUCGAUCUACUGUUGCUUCAGCUUAGGACUGGAAUGACCCUUUCAGAGAACGACACCAUCUGCUUUCAUCAUGCAAAAAUUUACAUUGAAAGAUUUGAAGACUUACAAAAGUCGUGUUGCGACCCUUUUAAUAUGCACAGAAAAGUAUCAAAGAAAAACUUGCGUGCAAUUGACCUGCAUGAUGCAACUUUUCUAACUGCCAAGUUUGGAAGACAGUUUGUACCUGGUUGGAAGCUUUGUCCCAAAUGUAUGCAGGUAAUAAAUGGGAGUGUGGAUGUCGAAGCUGAAGAACGCCAAAGAAGAAAGCUUGAUUCGGACGGGCGUACAGCUAAGGCUUUGAAGUCUCUGCAGUUUGCUAACCCAGGACGACAGACUGAAUUCACUCCUGAGACCAGUAAGAGGGAAAAAAGAAGACUGCAAACAAAAAAUCCGUCAUUUAACUCUGACAGGCAAGUUAUACCAGCCAAGAGUAAAGUCUACGAUAGCCAGGGACUACUUCUUUACAGUGGGAUGGACCUCUGUGACUGCCUUGAUGAAGACUGCCUGGGAUGUUUCUAUGCUUGCCCCAAGUGUGGCUCCAACAAGUGUGGCACCGAAUGUCGCUGCGACCGCAAAUGGCUGUAUGAGCAAAUUGAGAUAGAAGGAGGAGAAAUCAUUCGUAAUAAGCACGUUGGUUAGUGCAUAUGCUUUUUUUUUUUAACCUGGAUGUACGUUCCACUCUGAAAUAACAUUUAUCAUUUAGUUGUUUAAUGAAAACCAUUGUAAUUAAUGGUGAUAAGCGUGCUUCCACAUUCCAUCUCAGUAUGAUUAAGGAAAUAUUCUUAAUCGUACUACUUGUUGUCACACCUCAUUCUACGUUGUACUGUCCUGUUAGUCACUUCAGUUUGCAUUGAUCAGCGCUGCACUGUAAUGAAGGGAGGUGCUGAACUUCCACGUGGCAUACCAUUAUCCACUCACCAUUGUGUCACAGUGCUUUGAGUGUGCCAUCUGCCUGUGUCCCUCAUUUUUCAGUUGCAUGGUUUUGAACUAUUGUAUGUGAAACGCUUUUGUAUUGUUAUUAAUGAGGCUACACCCAGUAUUAAUAAAGAUUUCUCCAGUACUAACAGUGAAUGCUACAUCUUCUAUACAUUAUCACAGCUACCUCUGAUAAAUUCAAUUCUUUUAGCUUUAUUCAAAGGGAUUUAGGAGUACGGAUCCCAACUGAGUUACUGGGAUUUUGGAUCCAGUUAUCCUUAAGAAUUCAAAAGUCUCACUGUUAAGGGUGUUACUAAACUAUCAAAAUGCUGAAAAAUAUAUAAAAGUAUUUCACUGUGGUAGCACUUGGUUGCUUUCUUGUUACAAUUGAAAUAAUUUUGCUGUAUUUCUUAUUGGUCUGUAAUUGGACUGGUACUUCACAGCCCUCUCCCCUUUCUUUCUUUUUGCUUGUUUUUAAGGUAAAGGUUUACAUGCAGCUGAAAUGAAUUCAACUGUCUGUUCCCAAACUAAGAAUAUCCAGACUGCUACAAAAAACAGUUGAACUGAAAUUUUGGGUUGAUAAAAUAUUUCUCCUCAGCAAGUUUAAAUUUUGCUGAAUUGCAAGAUUUAUGGAAAUAAAAACUUGUAAUUGAAA